AUGCCCUCCGCCUCGCUCCUCCCCGCCACCUCCGCCGGGGCGCAGCUCUGCCCCACCCUAGCAACGCCCCGCGGCCGGCGCCGAUGCUGCCGCGUCACGGCCGCCUCCGUCCCACCGCCUUCCGUCGGCCGCCGCGCCGUCUCCCUCGCCGGCGUCGCCGCCUGGCUCGCCACCACCGCCGGCCGGGCAGAAGCCAGUCCGUUCGACAACUACGUCAAGAAGAAGAAGCUGGAGCCACUGGAGACGUACGUCCCGGCCGUGCUGCUGACCCAAGACCAGUUCAGGGAUCUAGAGAAAUCCUUGGAAUUCGAGAAGCCAAGGUUUGAUGAGAGUAGAUCAUUGCUUCGCUCUGGUCCAGCAUCAUCUCUACGUAUCAAUAUUCGGGCAGUGGCACAAUAUGCUUCCAGUAAUGGCCAAGGCAAAACUGCCUCUGAUGCAGUGGAUGAAUGCUUACGAGCGUUGGAAGAUCUCGACUCGCUGCUACUAAAGGCUUCACGGAAAGACUCGUCAGCAUCUGUUGAAGUCAUGAGGAGCAAAAUCGCUGUAGCCCUUGGAGCACUGGACAACCUCCUGCAAACCGUGCCGUCAGCCGUUAUGGAUAAAGGAAAGGCGAUUGCUGAUGCAUACAGGACCCCUUCAGAUGGUUAUUAUGAAGAGGGUAAUGGCGCAGAGUUGGAUCCCAGCCUGAAACAGCUGCAGGACAUUCUAUAA